AUGGGUCUCUGGAAAUGGUUUGCAAUUCUAUAUCUAUUUCAAAUAUAUUGUACAGCUAACAGUUCUAUGGUGACACUUGUUAAUGGUGGAUAUGAGGAUAUUGUGAUUGCAAUUAAUCCAAAUGUAACUGAGGAUGUCAAGAUUAUUGAAAACAUUCAGAAUAUGGUGAACGAAGCAUCAGGUUAUUUAUUUAAUGCUACACAACAAAGGCUCUUCAUAAGAAAUGUAAAAAUACUAAUCCCUAUGACUUGGACAAAACUUUCCAACUACACAAAGCCAAAAACAGAAACGUAUGACAAGGCAGACGUUAUUAUUGCCACUCCUUUUCUAAAAUAUUUAAAUGAACCUUAUACUUUGCAAUAUGGAGGCUGUGGGGAAAAAGGAAAAUAUAUUCAUUUUACUCCAAACUUUAUGGUUAAUGAUAGUUCAACCAAAAUAUUUGGCCCACGAGGAAGAGUGUUCGUCCACGAAUGGGCUCACCUUCGUUGGGGGGUGUUUGAUGAAUAUAAUAAUGAAGUACCAUUUUACAUUGCCGAAGAUGGUGCUAUUGAAGCUACAAGGUGCUCCCUUGAUAUUAGUGGUGUAAACAGAUUUCUGCAAUGUGUUGGAGCUUCGUGCACAACAAGGACAUGCAAAGUUGAUGCUACCACAGGUCUUUAUGAAGAUGGCUGUUUUUUUGCACUUGAUAAGAACCAACUUUCUCAAGAAUCCAUCAUGUACUCACAAGCACUAUCUUCUGUAUCUGAAUUUUGCAAUGCAAGCACACAUAAUAUAGAGGCUCCAAACUUACAAAAUAGAAUUUGCAACUUGCGCAGUGCUUGGGAGGUCAUCAGGAGUUCUACUGACAUUACCUCUACUCCUCCAUCAAGUAGCACGUCCAUACCUGCUCCUCCUAAAUUCUCCUUAUUGCAGCCCAGUGACAGAGUCAUCACUUUAGUACUUGAUGUUUCAGGAAGCAUGGCCACUAAUGAUCGCAUAGGACGACUCUAUCAGGCUGCAGAGGUCUUCCUUAUUCAGAUCAUUGAGCAAAAUUCUUAUGUUGGAAUUGUCCAGUUCUCAAAUACUGUAUCCAUUAAAUCAAACCUAGUGCAAAUAGUCAACGAUACCGAUCGUCAAAAACUCAAAAAUCUGCUUCCAAAAACUGCAGUAGGAGGAACAGACAUUUGUUUAGGACUUCGGAUGGGAUUUCAGGUCAACCGUCAACACGAUGGGUUAUCGUAUGGCACUGAAAUUGUUUUAUUAACAGAUGGAGAGGAUAAUUAUGAUACCAGGCUUUGUUAUAACGAUAUAAAAGCCAGCGGUGCGAUUGUAAAUACCAUCGCUGUGGACGGAGCUGCUACACUGCGACUUGAAGAAAUUGCAUCAAUGACAGGAGGAGUAAAUUUUUUAGCAAAAGAUGUGAAAGCAAAUGAUUUGAUUGAUGCUUUCACUGGGAUAUCAUCUAAAAAUGGGGAUAUAUCUAAUCAGGCUAUACAGCUGGAAAGCACUGCCUUAGACACUGCACCAAAUAACUGUUUGAAUGGCACUGUCAUCAUUGACAACACUGUGGGGAAAGAAACCUUUUUUCUGGUAACUUGGAAAAGUGCAGUACCAGAUAUUACUUUACAAAACCCAAAUGGAACAAUAUUUACUGCUGCAAACUUCUCCACUGACUCGGUUUCCAAAUCAAGUAGACUUGCAAUCCCUGGAACAGCAGAGAGUGGAACUUGGCAUUACAGCCUUUGCAACAAAUUUACAGCAAAACAAGUUUUAAGCAUCAUAGUGAGCUCCAAGGCAGCUGAUGUAAAUGUUCCACCAAUUGUUGUCAAUGCCCACAUGGGCAGCGACAUAAAUCAGCACCCCAGCCCAAUGGUCGUCUAUGCAUCAGUGAAUCAAGGGCUUUUACCAGUAAAGGGAGCAAAGGUGACAGCGACUAUUGAGUCAGUGAUGAGUAGUGCUGUCACUCUAGAGCUUUUGGAUAAUGGAGCAGGUGCUGAUAUUGUAAAGAAUGAUGGCGUCUACUCUAGAUAUUUCUUCAAUGUUACAGUAAAUGGACGAUAUAAUUUAAAGAUUCGGGCAGAAAGCAAACAGAAUAGAAGCCGCCUAGCGUUCCCAAGGAGUCACGCUCUUUAUGUACCUGGUUAUGUAGAGAAUGGUGUGGUGGACAUGAACCCACCAAAGCCCGUAAUCAGUGACGAUGACAUUGCCCUUGACUUGGGAGCUUUCAGCAGAACAGCAUCAGGUGGUUCUUUUUUGGUCUCUGCUGUACCUCCUGGUCCACAACCUGACAUCUAUAAACCAGAGAGAAUUACUGACUUAACAGCAAAUAUUAACGAAUCCACAAUUGUGUUAUCCUGGACAGCAACUGGGGAUGACCUGGAUCAAGGAAGCGCGUCAGGAUAUGAUCUAAGGAUGAGCACCCGUCCUAAAGACCUCCGAGAUCAUUUUGAUAAUUGUACUUCAGUGAAUAUUUCCAGUCUAACACCACAGCCAGCUGGAUCCAGUGAAACAUUCACCUUUGUUCCUGAAAAUAUUGUUAUAGCAAAUGGCACCAUCCUAUAUUUUGCUCUGAUUGCUUUUGAUGAAGUGCCACAGAAAUCAGAUCUAUCUAAUUUAGCACAGGCGGCUCUUUUUAUUCCCAAAUCUACUAAAGUGAGUGCAACACAUCUAGCUCUGAUUGUUUGCGCUGCAAUCAUUAUAACUGCUAUUAUCAUAGGGAUCACUAUUUAUUAUGUAUUUGUCCAAAGGAAAAAGAAGAAACUAAGAAUUCAAAUGUAA